AUGGCCUCUCGGCAACGCGCCUUCCUGUCUUCCCCGCAAGCUGCACCAAACGGACGCGAUUCCUCCCGCGGCAUCAUGGGCUUCUUCAAGCGAUUCAGGCGUCACAAAACCCCAAAGAAGAGCGAAUCCCAUCCUCGCAACGACCUCUACGCCCCCGCCAUUCCCGAAUACCAUGGGCCUGACCAGUUUGUCCGCCUGCCCGACCACAUCUUGCGUCGCAUCUUUGAGCAAGUCUGCCCCCAUUCCACUGACGAGACGCUCGACGGCAGCGAGGACAGUGGCAACGAUGGCUGCAUGAGCUGCGACAUGCGAGACCUGGCCCACUGCGCCUUGACAAAGCGACAAUGGUAUGGUGUCGCCGCCGGCCUGCUAUACAACAGCAUCCGCAUUGAUGCCGUCCACUACUGCGAGCUCGAGGAAAUCUACGCCGACCAGCGCAGGCGCAAGUCGCGUAACGGAGAUGAGAUUGAUGCCCCCACUGAGCGACUCCAGCAGCUCGGCCAGAGUGUCCGCGGCAACCAAUACCUCGGCCAGCGUGUGCGCUUCAUCAAGCUCCCCUAUAUGACGCGCGAGGCCUGCAAAGCCGACCUUGCGCGAACCGUGUCCGGCUGCCCCAACCUCGAGUACAUUGACCUCCCCGACGGCUUCUACAGUGGCGACCAGUCUUGCCAGUUGCUGCGACAGGAGCUGCAGGGACGAUGCCCACACAUCAAGAGAAUGAAGUACACCGAGGGUGGCGAACAGGCACUCGAGUCGCUCCUCCAGGGCUACUGGCAAGAGCUCAUCACCAUCGAGCUCAACAAGAUACACAUUGAGCCCAGCAUCUUACGACAAGUUUUCGGCAUGCUUCCCCGACUCAAGGAGCUUACAAUUAUUGGCGCUCCGUGGUUGAACGAUUCCACUUUCCACGAUGCCCCUGGAAUUCCAAACUUCCCUGCCUUGGAAAUUCUGAGGUUGGAAAAGUGCCACACUGUGACUGCACAAGGCUUGGCCCAGUUCCUCCACAACCCCAUGUGCAGUGCCAGACUCCGAACGCUUGUACUCAAGGACUGCUCUGGCUUCCCGGUGGAAUCCCUUCACAUUGUUUUGCAGGCAGCGGCCAACCUUCGGACAUUGGAGUACACGGCCACCGUCUCGGCAUCCCUUCCCCUGGACCCCAUUCCGCCACUGAACUCGUACACACUGUACAAGCUCAACUUUGAGGUCGUAUCCAAUGCCGCCAGCCAGGUCUACCCGCCCGCUGCAUCAUACUACCAGUAUCUAGCCAAGUCGCUCAUGUCCAACUCGCUCCCGGCUUUGCGACAGCUCUGGGUUCGUGACCCCGAUUUCCCGGAAAUCCUUACUCUUGCGCCACCAAUACGUCCGUUCAGUGAGGCACCGCCGCCCAUUUUCAACCAGCCCCUGGAGGUCUACUCCAAGGGUCUUGAUGAACUUGAUUGGAUCUUUACAUCCAUCAUACCUCCCGAAGGCCAAGCACGACGAGCAUCCAUGUCUGUGGGCCGGCCGUUGAGCAGCUACUCGGCACACAAGGGCCUUGGGCCCCAGUGGGGCGGAGAUGCCCGUAAGAGCAUUGUAGUACCUAAUGGGUUCGGUGGGUUCCUGGCCAUACCUGCUGACAAUGAUGGGCGGCCAAGGAGCGCUGGCCAUAUGGCACCUAGUGGAGGCUUCUUUGGACACGGCUACUCCAACUCGCUCGGGGGCCGAGAACCCAGCCCGCGCGCAAGCUGGAUGACGCACGUUGGUCGCGAGAAGCGAGCCUCGAGGGCUGAUUUGUGGCGCUAGUUUCUGUUCGUUUGGACACGCCAGCAUCGCACUCUGCAUCUCCACGUACUGCAUCUCGCCUGCCCGUCUUUCUUAUUUACCUUUCUCUCGCCUGGGUAUCUGUCCAUGUUCUUUUUUCAUCUUCUUCUCAAACAUCACCUUUGUAAGAUACCAAGGAACCUUUUUCUUGUUGUGUGUUUUUAUUUUUGUUCUAUUUUGGUCGUUUUUGGGUUGGUGGAACAUGGGCGCAACACCAGUACGAAUUAUGGCGACACCGGGCAGAACCAAUGAGGGUCGGACGAAAAUACCCCUGGUGAAGGAUUGAUUUUCGUUUGUUGGCCAUGUGUGUGUACAUAAGGAAACAAAGCAAAGCAAGAAAGAAAAAUAGAGCGCUCGGUUGCGCGGGACCGGUCUCUCGCAGCUACUG